UUAUCCUUAAAAUAAUCAAUCCAAUGGCCAUGCUCAACUCUGAGAUUCUUUUUAUUUGAAACAAUUUGGCACCCCUUGAAAUCUAGUUAUAAAGAAAGCUGAACAAGACAGCACAUGAAGAAAAGCAUAAUAUAUAGUAAAGAAACCCUCUAAACCCCACCACAAACCCUCUGAGUGAAAGUUAUAAGUAAAUUAAGCUAAUGAAGCUAAGUAGCUAAGUGAAGAAAAUAUGUAUAGAUUCAGCAACACAGUGAUAGGUUUCCUGAAUCUAUUCACACUGUUAGCAUCAAUUCCAAUAAUAGGUGCUGGAUUGUGGAUGGCAAGGAGCAGUACAACAUGUGAGAAAUUCCUGCAAACACCACUCUUGUUCAUAGGUUUCAUAAUCCUCAUAGUUUCAUUGGCAGGUUUCAUAGGAGCUUGUUUCCAUGUUGCAUGGGCACUUUGGCUCUACUUGUUUGUCAUGUUGUUCCUCAUAGGGGCAUUGAUGGGCCUAACUGUGUUUGGUUUUGUGGUAACAAGCCAAGGUGGUGGAGUGGAUGUGCCUGGCAAAGCAUAUAAAGAGUAUCAUCUUCAGAAUUAUUCGCCAUGGUUGAGGAAGAGGAUUAAGGAUCCUCAAUAUUGGGAAACUAUCAGGGCUUGUAUUUUGGGUUCUAAGACUUGUGCUACUGUUAUUACUUGGACACCCUAUGAUUAUCUUACCAAAGACUUGACUCCUAUCCAGUCAGGAUGUUGCAAGCCACCAACGUCAUGCAACUAUGGAUUGACAACAAUGGGACAGGACCCGGAUUGUUACCAUUGGAACAAUGAUCCGAAUUUGCUGUGCUAUGAGUGUGAUUCUUGCAAGGCUGGAGUUCUUGAAGAUGUGAGAAGAGAUUGGCAAAAGAUAUCAGUUCUUAACAUUGUCAUGCUUGUCCUCCUCAUUGGAAUUUACUCCAUUGGUUGUUGUGCUUUCCAAAACACCAAGAGGGCUGUAUCUGAUUACCCGCACGGUGAAAACCGUAUGUCUAAAGUCCGACCCAGAUGGGAUUUCUACUGGUGGAGAUGGUGGCACGACAGGAGACAUCAGCUUUAUUAGACCAAACUUCUCACUUCUCUUCGUUUGGUGCACAUUGUUCUGUAAAAGCAACAGAUCAUCAAAAGUGAUGCUAAUUAGUAUAGUACUCUCUUUGUUUUCCUUCAUUAAUCCUAGAGGGUUUUUCCACAGCUUUUUCUCUGUUCUCCAUAGGUUGCUUUGAUCCCCUUUUCUGUACAAAGAAAAAGAUCAUACGCCUUUAUUUCACUCCACUUUUUUAUCUUUA